CUUCAUAAACCUCCACAAUCUCUUCUUUCACUUCCUCAGGCUCCAGAUGCAUUGUGGUCGGAGGAUCUAACUCCUUCUCAUAAUCCUCUAAAAUCUCUUCUUUUACAACUUUCAUAGGCUCAAGAAAAAAAGAGGCUGAAGGUUUUAACUCCUCCUCUUGUGGCUGGAGCUUUAAAUCUUUGGUGAUUGCGUCGAUUACACAAAAAGUCGCCAAACCCUUUUCCCCUGUUCCCUGCAGCCGUCAGCAAUGCCCCACAAUACGGACAUAGAACAUUGUUAGGCACAAGUCUUUGUUGACGACACCACUGUAAACAUCUCUCUUCGUUUUUCACAAUAUUCACUAAGCUCACCCAAUUCAUUGCCACUGUAAUAUGUACUUCAGUCUAUUUACACAGUCUGUUAAUAGACCGUGAUUAUACGAUGGAAAUGCAUUAUACGAUGGAUUUACAUAUGCAUGCACAUGUGCGACCCAAUGCCACUGUUAUGUUGACAGAACGACUUCUGAAAAAACUAACGAUUGUUAAGUUGGCAACAUUUCAUCCAAUGAAUUACGAAUGCCGUGACGGUCCCCGAGACCUUUUCUCGUGUAUUUUAGUACUUACCAUCGUCUCAAUUCUAGAUUUCUUUGCCACUUCAUAAGUUUCAUAAUUUCUUCCUGUCAUUCUUCUUGGUGUUUUUUUCUUCAGUGCGAUAGUUUUUGGCGGGUUUGCAACAUCAAACAAAGUUGGAACAGCAUCAGGUUUCAACCUGUUUUUUUGAAAGUUACCAAACAUAAUACUUUCAAAGUGAUCACUACAUAUUGUACAAUUUUUAUUUAAAUAUGAAGCAUCUUUUUUUGACAAGUCUUCUCUCCUGCAAUUUAUAGUCCAUCUCUUCGCCCGUUGCUCGUCCUUGGGAAAGCCAAAAAAGCUGAUGUUCUUAUUUGUAUUUGAAUUAUUUUUACAGUUCGGCGCCGAGCACCAACGACCUCCUUUUCUUAAACGAGCACUCAUUAUAAAACGCGCACAUCAAAGCUUUUCAAUUCUUGCUGCAAAUGCAGAACGAAUAUCCCCUUGUGCUACGUGCGUCUUUGCUAAUGGUACACGCACCAAAUAAAAUAAGAAAUACUGAAAUAAAACACACCGCCCCACUAAAGCUGACAGCUCGUACAGCAGUUUACUCGGUCUCAAUAUGGCGAUGCGCAUCAACUCGGCGCAUGAAUUGUGGGUAACUUUUCCUUUUGUGUAAUUCCUCGUAAUAACUUUUCUGAGCUUCAGAUCAUUUGUUUACAAGUGAAAGUGUCUGCCAAAGCGUCUGUCAAAGGGCGCAAAUGCUUCAAUUUGUGCUCUGUAUCCACCAGGGAAUAUUUUCCUCCAUGCGCCAGGGGUUGCGAGUGCGACGGUGCGAUGCCUUCAGCGCCAGAACUUCCAGAAGGUAUAUAACGUUCCCUUGUCAACACUCCGUGACCGGGGGAAGAGGACGAGAUGUUUUCACUUUGCCAAGAGGCAAUGUUGGCGGGAAACGUUUGCAAAACAACUUAGAGAUUAGAGAGACCCAGAGAUGUGCAAUAGUAAAUAGAAGUCAUAGAAGAAUUGGAAAAUGCGUAUAAAUUGAAUAAACCACUAUUACAAGUGCUUGUCUGUGUUGAUUGUGCUGCAAAAGUAGUGUGCGAUUUUGUUAUUAAACUACUAAAAUGGAUAUAAGUCGCAAAAAGCGUGUGCCAGCGAUGGAUGGACUAGCUGAAAAAAGUAUAGGGCUCGGGGAACAUAAUCAUGAUCUACAACUGUACGUUCUUCCACCUACGUCUACAAUUCAACUUGCGGAGAUGUAUGAUUUAGCUGUUGAGCGAAUGAAAGUGUUAAGGAUUCUUGAACAGACUUUACCCCGAGUGCCAUCUAGAAAUAUGGAUGAUAAGAAAUCAGCAGUGUUACAUGAAUUGAAGAAACAAAAUUUAAAAACAUUUGCAAAACUGCUGAUAUCAACGGGGAAUGAACAGUCAGGGAUACAAACAAAUGAUCGUAUUAAGGAUCAUCUUUCCCAUUUUAUUGUUCGACUUGCUCAUUGCCAAUCCGAGAAUUUAAGAAAUUGGUUUUUAAAUAGAGAACUGGAACUUUUUCGCUUACGCUUUCUUUCCCUGAAUGCACAAGGAGUUCGCAGUUUCCUGGAGGCAAAUCAGCUUCAUUAUUCACCUAUUACUGAUGAAGAAAAAAGUUCUGUGUUGAAGGGACUACUGUCAUCAACAGCUGGAGCUACUCAUGCAGGAGUUGAGACAAUUGACUUUUAUAAAGUUCCUUUCACAGAUGUGUUGGAUUUAAUCACUACACGCAAAGUGUAUCUGUCUAGAGGAUAUGCUUACAUUCCAAGCCGAGAUCUUUUAUCUGUUAUCAGCUCUAUUUUCAGGUCCAACUUACUUCGAAAUCUUCAGAUAACAGCUAGCAGCAUUGUUGAUUUGGAAGAAGAUGAACGUUUAAAGCCUCUACUCAAUCUUCACAAAUUGGAUUUUGCUGAAACUUAUGAUUACAAGAAAGCUGAAGGGGUCGUGUCACCGGAAGAUUUAGAUCCUUUAUCACGAGUCUCGUUCCCGCCAUGUAUGAGCAGUUACACGAGUCUAUACGAAAACUCAUCAUGCAAAACAUGGUACUCGUAUGCAGUAUGGACUCUUCUUGAAGAUACGAUUUUGGAGGAUGAAUUCACAAAGACCAUGACACCUGAAAAAAGUCAUUACUUGUAUAAUAUUCGCCACAACUACGGGCAGGAAGGUAAGCGAACUGCCUACUCUGCAUUCUCUUGUAUGAAGAUUUUGAGUGGAUCUGUGGGCGCAGGAGAUUGUCAUGGUUGCCCCUUUAAACACAAUAGCCAACAUCUUUUGAAGCAACAACUUGAGAACUACGGCAUUCCCCUGUUAGGAAUUCAAUCCAUUAUGGACUUCGUAUCACAGCAGCAGUACCAACUUGCAUGCACAAAGUAUUUUGAGAUAACACAUCCCUCUGCAACAGUAGAAGUUAUAUAUCACCCGAAUCAAUUUUUUGAAAUGAGUCGAAAAAUACAUACUGGAGUUGAUGUUCCCUCAAGGAAGGACUUUGAAUCAAGCAGGAGACGAAUCAAAACAGAAAAAGUUGUUUCAGAUGAAUCGAGUGUUAAUAACGGUUCUCAUAAUGUUGAGGAAAACGAUUCAGUGUGGGAUGCAAUGGAUGUUGAUGUUUCAUUGCUUAUAGAGGAGGCAGAGAAGAACAAUAAAGGAGCUGCUUAAUUGCAUAGAAUUAUGAAGAUGGUUAUUUAGAAGAAGAGACACAAAGAAUUGACAAUAAUUCUUAUUACUAUUGCAUCUACAAUAUGUAUAUAUAUAUAUAAGAAACAUUGUUUAAAUUUCCUAAGAUGCACUCAAGUAAGUAAUUUGAACCAGAAAGAGCUGUUGGAGAUGAUAAUAAAGAGCAUAAUCAGGAAGACACUUAACGACUUGUGUCAUACUCUCUCACCGAGUGGAGAUGUGAGAGAAGGUGCGUGUUUCGCGGUUUCUUGGCCAUAUGACCACAGCAGAAAAGGAUUAAAUGUCGAAGUGCCUGAAACACACAAAAUCAUGUGAAAGAUUUAAUUCAAACAAAUGAAAUGUGACCACAGGUAUGAAAAUUGAUUAAAUUAAACUACAAAUUCUAAUUACCAGAUGUAGGUGUAGAAAGUGAAUGUAAUAAAGCUGGUUUCCUAUUGGGGACUACUCAUUUGUUGUAUUUUAUCUUCCUCUUCACUGUUUUGAAGGUUAAUUAAUAAUUCUGGUACUUCAGAAAAAUAUUUAUUAUCUUAAUUCUAUUAAUCCAAAAUUAUUUUGUCAGUAUGAGUAACAGAAGUACUGAUUCCUUUUCUUCGGUGUCCUCUAGAGAUCUUCAAAUUUGUAUGUAACUGUGAAUAUAAAAUAGUAACAUUAUAACAUUCAAAGCAAGCAAAAUAUUUUAGUCAAUACAAUGCUUCUUCUAAGGCUCUGAGUCAAUACAAUGCAAUGUAAUUUUCUUUUAUACAACAAUGGAUUUUAUUUCGUGGUGCUACAAAAUAACUCAAUUGAUUUAGACUUAACACUAAUGCUAUCAGAUAGCAUGACAAAUACUGAACAUAUUACCAAGAAUAGUAGAUAAAAAGCUAAAGUUUAAAUGGCAGCCCAAAGCUGAUUUAGCGAACAUGAAAAAAAGGAGUGUCUGUUAGGCAAGUUGUAAUUUAAUUUUUGUUUAUAAGGUUAUACAGUUGUUAUAAAAUUCAGUUCAAAUUCAAGUAUGUAUAUUAUUAUUUUGAGGGGAAGUAAUCUAUUAAUUUCAUUUUUCAAAGCAUUUAUAUUUUAUAAUAUGAAAAUCAAAAACUCAAAUAUGAUUUGCCCCAUAAUUAAAUUAAUAACAUUUCAGUUGUUUUUAGGAUUCAGUUGAUCUCUUGUGACAAUUGUGAUCUAUUUUUUCUCAUUUAUUAAAGGUAGUAUUAUUUAUUCCUCUUAAGUUAAAACUUCAUAAUUAAAAUAUUUGUAAAUAUACUUCAAAAAUAUGAUUGACUUAAAAUUUAAUGUAGAAAAUAUUCUACUAAACGGAAUUAUGAAGUUCAGUUCCAAUAGCUGAUGUAAAGUAAUUUUUUGAACAGUAUUAUUGUAACUGAGGUUCACCCACUUACAAGAUACUGAUGAAAAAUUUGGUGUCUUGCUCGAAAUUGAGGGUCUGUGUUAUAACAUGAACACAAAACUUAUCAAAUGUAUAUAUCAAUAUUCAAAUUAGUAUGUUAACUGUUGCUAAUUCUAUUGCAAGCUGUGAGAUACUUCAGCAAGUUAAAAUUGAUUCUAUGCUGUUUGAAAGCUUCAGUGAGACAAAAAUGAUAGUGAGGAUUUGGCUCUGUUGAGUGUUGAUAGAGAACAUACUGAGAAAAUUGACUUAUAUUCUGUCAUUGAGGAACUUGGACCAGUAAAAUCAAGGAAAGAGCUCUACUCAGUUACACAAAAAAUUGGUAAUGUUAUCACAUUUAUGAGUGUCACUGUUAAAGUAUAUGAAUAAGUAAUAAAGUAUAAGAAUAGUUGUCACUUUAGUUUUUGUAGUAAUUUUAUUAUUUUUGUGAGUUGUUUGUGGUUAAUAUUUUUUUAAAAUAGUAAGAGUUUUGUCAUUGCAUUUUUACAACAAAUGUUAAUAAAUAUCAAUAAACAUGAAUUGUUAUGCUCUCGUCCCAUA